AUGAGCUCAAAACUUUCAUACAACCCCUCUGAAUCUUCUACGCGUCUUUCGCGAUCGACGACGCGCUCCUCGACGUUACGAUCAUCACUGUCCACCUCAAGCGUCACCAAACCCCGAGCAGAUUCCAGUGCCUCACUCGUCAGCGAAGACGCGACUGUCCGUCCCAGCGCAAAGCAGAGCAACGCAGGGCGCUCGCCAAAUGCAACUCCAGUCCCUGUACCGUCGAUUGCGGCGAAACGCAUGUCGACGUCCAUUCCUUCAUUAGCUGGCAACACACGCAGGACCUCCAUGCCAGCUCCAGGUCAAAACUUCCCUCGAUUCGAUCCCUCAAAAUCAACCUCUGCAAACAACGCCACGCCAGCAACCCCUUCUCCGCCCAUUCGUUCUCCCACCAAGCUGAAAACACCCUCAGUGACGGGCUCACUCCGUACCGCCCGCUCAACCUCGUUGUACAUGACCUCGCCACCCACACAACCACUCAUGAAAGCUAUCCAGCUCGAAGGCUCUGCGACCCCUGCCCGCCCUCCUCGUACGCGUAUCACCUCUAUGACGGGUUCCCCAUCACCCCGCCGAACAACUAUGCCAAGCACACCUUCCAGCGGCUCCAUGUCAAAAUCCACGUCUUCAGCUUCUCUUCUAUCCACGGAUACAACUUCCCCAUCUAUCAAUCUCACCUUGCCUAGUCCAAAAGCAAAGGGAAAAAAUCUGUUAUCAUUAACUCCACAAAGUACCCCUCCAAAAGCGUCGAGAAGCAACCACGUCACGCCCUCCAAGCCCAAGGUCACUCCAAAGAAGUCUCAGGGAACCCCACGGAGCGUGUCAGCGGGGAGUUACGGCUCGCAGCAUCCAGCACUGCUGGACGAAAGCCUUGCGUUGCUGGAAUCUCGUGGAAAAGUUUUGAGUGGCGGGACCACUGGGACCGGUACAGCCGUCGCUACUGACGACGGGUACGCGUUUUGGGACGGGGAUGACAUGACCAUGGAGAUGGUUACAGAUCUGGAUGAUGGGGACGUUGACGAGGAGAUGGAAACGGCCCUCUCAGACAUUAUGGCCAUGCACACCCGCAAAAUCCUGCACUACAAACGUCUUUUAGAGCGUGCACAGGCAUCGACGGCUGCUCAGCUGCACGCUCUUCAAGCUGAAGUUCGUGUGCUUCGUCAUUCGCCUGGCGAGGCUGUCGUUCAUCCGAGCCAUCAACUGCUGGAUACGGUGUGCGUUUGUGGUGGCAAAAAGAAGAGAGGGUAUUGGAGUGGAUAUCGUGAUGACUUUGAUGAGGAGGAUGGGGAUGGGGAUGUUGACCUUGCUAGAGCAUUGCGAGGCGAUGGGAAGGGUUCUUUUAAUGAGACUGAGGUGAGGAAAGCCCUGCGAGGGCUGGGAAGGGAAGGUCGUAUGAGAUUGAUUGCGAUUAUUCUAGAUUCAUGUCUUCCUGGCGAUAUCGCCCUCCAAAUCCUCCUCCUGGAAAAAUAUGCAAAAUCAACAUUCGACGUUCUUGGUAGUUUCGCUCCAGACCUUGCGUUCCGCGUCCUCAAGUAUUUGACUGUCAAAGAGCUUAUCGCCCUGGAACCCGUAUCGAAAAAAUGGCAAACAAUGGUACACCAUCCAGCGUUAUGGCGCUACCACUGCUUGCGAAUCACCGCGACAGAUCCUACGCCCGUCACCCCUCCUGCAACACCUGAAGGAUGGCACCCUCUAUAUCGAUCCCUCCAUCAUCGUGAAUCCAACUUCCACAAUGGCCUCCCACAAUCCGUUAGGUUCCUCAACGGCCACACGAACUUUUGCACGACCCUCCUUUUGAGGGGCAAGCGGCUUAUUAGUGGGAGUUAUGAUGAGACGAUUAGGUUUUGGGAUAUAGAGACGGGCGAGAUGAAGAAGUGUUUGCAGGUUAAGAAGCCUGUGAGCUGUGUUGAUUUUUUGGCUGAGGAAGAGGUGUUUGUUGUUGGUUUCCACGAUGUUGGGCGUGUGCACUUGUUCUCCUCUGUUACAUUUACACCCCUCCAACAACUUGCCGGUCAUCUUAAUGGUAUCCGGGCUGUGGCGCUCUCUUCGAAGAACCUCGUCUCUGCUGGGGCUGACAAGGCUCUUGUGUGCUGGGACUGGCGCGCAGGGACGAAGAUCGUGCGGUUUGGGCAACAGACGACGAUUGCUAUUGGGGUACAGAUUAUUGCUGGCGAUGGGGGCGGUGGGGUUGGAGAGGAGGGGGAGAGGGUGGUUGGUGUGACUAUUGAUGGAAUUGUGAGGGUGUUUUCGAUCAAGAGACGAGAGAUGAUUUCGCAAUUCAAGCUCUCAGAGCUGGGAGCGGGUGAUCCGGUGUUGAAUGCUAAAUUAUUCAAUGUUGGCGCUGCUCCCAAUAAUAUGCUUCAGUGGUUCGCUGCAAAGGGCACGCAGAUGACAUGUGCGACUAAAUCAGUCAUUUUGCAUCUCCAAUGGCAAGAAGCGGAUGAGAAACCCAUCGUAGCACAAUCGCUGACGGCACAAUCUCCCGUCUCACUCACCGCGAGCCAAGGUCCUAGUCAAGCUCGCAAACGCACUGGAUCCGUGCUCGACAAGUCUACGUCGUCACUCUCAACACCACACCGCAGAAUCUCUCUUAUUGCACCCUCUCCAAUCAAUAGCUCCAUCAACAACAAGGGACGUCUGAGCGUCAGUGGUUCCCGUACACCAACCACCCCACUCAGUCCUUCGCCAAGGAACAGUACACCCGCGCCUGGGUUAUUCCCGGUUCGGUUUGGCCGUGCAGCCAUUCUGACGGCUCCUCCGAAGUUGAUUGCCGUUGUUGAGACUCCAGAUGUUGCGGUUGGGGCUGUGGAUCCGAGGAAGAGACGUGUGGUUACUGCCACACGAUUUAGUUCGAGGGCAGGUGCUGAUCGGAGGAUAUUCAUGUCUACGCAUGAAGACCAAGAACAUCCAUUAGUGCCCCGAAAUGAUCAAGACAACGAUGACGAUGUCGAUGCGGAUCUGAACUUCAUCGUGCCCGUGGAGAAGACGCCGACUCCGUCUGUCGACAUUGACACUAAUAUAACGCCGUUGACGGGUGCAUGGUCAGCUGUUGCUGGGGGCGAAGGGGGCAAAUCGAUCAACACGACGAAAGGCAUCUUGGGCCAACUACCCGCUAAAUUUGCGGGUCUAGCGACGCCGGAGAAGAACCCCAUGUCGAUGCAGCUGAGCCAUGAGGAAGUUGUAGUUGGUUGUGCGGAUGGCACUAUCUAUGUUAUGAAGUUUGUUGGGUACCAAUUUCAGAAAGAGCGUGUGCUUGCGCCGGAUUGGGAGGAGCUUUUGGAGGAGGAGGAGGAGGAGGAGGAGGCUGUUGAGGGGGAGGAAUAUUAG